AUGUCUAGUGACGCCACUGCUGCCGCAGUUAACUGGUCCCAGGGUGACGAGGGCGAUACAGCUCUGGAGAUAUGCGUGCCAAUUGUCCUCCCACAGUCGGGGCGUGCGAAGGAACUCACUGUAGAAGUGAAAGAUCUCGCUGUUCUGCGGGUGUCACACCGCGACACGAUCAUCUUACAGUGGCGCCUCUACGAACCAGUGGCGGAAGAGGUCGAGUGGCGCGUGGAGAAUGAGGGCUCCCUUCUAAUCAUGGACAUGGUGAAACGGAGCUGCGCCGUGUGGCCCUGUUUGCUUGACCUCCCAAUGCGUGCUGAUGAUAAGUUGCUCCGUUCAACAGCGGAACUUGACAAUCUUUUCCGUGAGCACCACCCGCCACUUCCACCCGACCCUUCUUUGGAACGCAAAGGGGCUGGAGCUGCCGCCGUCGACAAGGUGGAUGGUAACGGCGGUGAGGCAGGCACGGCUGCUGUGGGUGGGGAGGACGACCUCGAACGCCUUUUGGAGGAGGCCGCCGAAGAGGUUGUGGGAGAGGGUGCCGCCACUGAAGAAAAUAACGACAGGGAAUUCAUCAACGCGGAGCUGGAAAACUGUAGGACAGAGAUUGAGGAAAUACAGAAGAAACUCGACGAAGUUAUGAAGACUCUAGAGGAUGGCGCCGAUGGAGAAGCCAAACAACAGGCUCUGAAGCAGAAGACGAUUCUGGAGGAGAUGCUAAGGUUACACUUUGAAAUUUGUGAGAAACGCCGCUUGCCAUCCAGCCUUUCUGGCUUUAUUGAAAUUACCCAGCUCGACAUACGUAAGUCGCGCGUUAAUGUGGGUGAGCUGUCGGAGGAAGAAAGGGAGGAGUAUGCUUCUGAUGAGGAGCGCGCAAUGACUGCCCACGAGCUCAUGACAAGGGGCCUGCAGCAUUUUGAGCAGCAGGAGAUACAACCGGCUCUUCAUUUCCUUCGUCUUGCGGCUCUUCAUCACAACCAUGACCAGAGUACUAUAAUCCUCCACAGCAUUUACUCUCAGCUCAACUCACCUCGUGGUGCGUUCAUUCUUCUGAGACGUGCCCUGCAGGACGAUAACAUCAGCAGCACUGCGAACCUGAAGGUUGCCGAACAAUUUGACGUAGGUGCCCGUCACUUCCUUCCUAUGUUUCCCGCAGCGCUGUACUUCUAUCAGCGCGCUGCAAAGGCUGGCUGCGUCAGUGCGAUGCUUGCAAUUGCUCAACUGUAUUUGCGUGGUUGUACCUCAUCCACAAUGCUUUCCGCCAAGCAGAUUGAAAGGCUAAGAAACACUGAUAUGUACCAAGAGUGGUUACAACGUGCUAUUGAUCGAGGAUGUGGAUCUGCAAACUUUGUGAAGGGCUGCGCACAUCUCAAGGGUGAGCACGGCUGUGUGAAGUCGUAUAAAUUGGCCAAAGAAUAUUUGGAUAGGGCUACUGCAGCCCAACCUAAAAUUGCACAGCGGGCUCCACAGGUCUACGUUAUGCUGGAAAAGUUACGACAGGAGGAGGAGGGGGUGGCCUCACUGAGCGCAUCUACAUCGCUCUCGCUAUCGAAGGGUAAUUAUGCCAAUGGCCGAGCCGGUACAAAUGGUGACGGUGACGCCGUUUGUGUGACCUCAUCCGUCGAAAGACUGAACAACAUGACAUCAAAGCCGUAUGCCUCAGCGUCCGCUGGGCCGGGGAGACUAAAGAAGGGCAAUCAAAGGUCGGGUGCAAAAGCAUUCUGGGAGGGUGCGGUCACGACCGGGCUGACACUCUACAGUCUAUACACGUUGGCCUUCCCCGUGCGCCUGCUGAUCCUUCCUCACAUCUACACACUGUUGAGUCAUGUAGUUGACCGCGUUCCAUGGCUCGCCGCCUCACAACCUCUCCAGUUCUGA